AUGGCAAAAAUAGAAACAGAAGAACACAGAGCAUCACUUUCUCAAUCUUAUUUAUCACCCUUGAUGAAAGCCACAGAGCUAUCACAGCAGAGCAACAAUGAAGGCACUUUAAAUGGGUGUUCCUUGGACCCAGCUUACAAAUAUAAUUCAAGUAAUUUAAUGAGGGAAUUUAUGUUAUCCCAGGCAAAAGCAGUUAUUAAAACUACUGAAGAUUAUUUGCAGCCUCAGUUUGGCCCCAACAGACUUUUGCAUUCAGCGGCAGUAUCAGAAGGGUCAGGACUUCAAGAUUGCUCCAUACAUCAAACACCAUCAGAUCACAGCCAUGAUGAAAUAUCAGACCUAGACAGCUACAAAUCAAACAGUAAAAACAAUUCUUGUUUUAUAUCAUCAUCCAAGAGAAUCAGACCUGUCAGUGCUCCUGAGGGUCAACUGAGACUUAAGGAGACCUCCUCUUUUAAAUCCCUAUCAGCUCAGAAUUGGCAUAAGUUUUCUCAAAGACACAAACAUCAACCAAGAGUGAUUAGAGCAACAGCAUACAAAAAUGGAUCUAGAACAGUCUUUGCCAAAGUUACUGUAUCAACCAUCACCCUGCUGCUGGAGGAGUGCACAGAAAAGCUGAGUCUGAACAUGGCCGCACGACGAGUGUUCUUGGCAGACGGCACAGAAGCCCUCGAACCUGAAGAUAUACCCCAUGAAGCCGACAUUUAUGUUUCUAUGGGAGAGCCCUUUUUAGAUCCAUUCAAAAAAAUUAAAGACCAUCUGUUGUUAACGAAGAAAGUAACCUGGACUAUGAAUGGGCUGAUGCUUCCUACUGAUGUCAAAAGACAGAAAACCAAGCCUAUUCUUUCUACUAGAAUGAAGAAACUUACUGAGAAGACCUCAGUCCGAAUCCUGUUCUAUCAAAAUGGCAUGGGGAAAGAUGGGCAUGAGAUUACAGUGGGAAAGGAAACAAUGAAAAAGGUUUUAGAUACUUGCACGAUGAAAAUGAAUCUAAAUUCUCCAGCCAGAUAUCUUUAUGAUUUGUAUGGCAGAGAAAUUAAAGAUGUUUCAAAAGUUCCUCUGCUCGAAAAAUGCCUGCAAAAUUCCAUCACACCUUUGCGGGGACCAGUUUGGGUCUCUAAGGGAGAAGGUUUCAGCCCCUCAGGAGCUAAGGUGUACAUCCAGGAAGUUCUUUUGGCCCUGUACCGACGAUUAAAGUCUGCAAAAAAAUAUUAUAAACAGUUGAAUCUAGCCAUGGAUGAAAAGAAAGAGAAAGUUUCUGAGAAAGUCAUUCUUUCAAUGACAUCAAAGGAACACCAUAAGGCACAAGAAGAAGUGAGCAGGCUGAUUGAUGAAUUGCAGACAGCUAUCAAAAGCAACAGAGGUCAUCUCUCUAAACUUGGCCCCCAAUUACAGGCUGAGCAAGAGCAAUUCUCCUCUUAUGCCUACCAACACUUUAAGAGCCUUCCAGCAAACACUCUUAUCCCAGGAGGCUUGCAGCUCAAGAUAUUUGAAAAUGGUAAAAACACUGGAGAGAUCUCUGUUUGUAUCAGCAAGAAAGAUUUGGGGUCAAAUAAUCCAACUCAAACUGGAGCUAUGAUGGAAAGAUUACUUCUCAAGAUUCUUCAAAAGCUUCACGGUUCUUCCAUCAACCCAUCAGGCCUCAAUAUUUCUUCAGUCCGGCUUUAUGAUGAGCAUGGUCAAGAAAUUAAGAAUCCACUUUUGCUGAAGAAUGAGCAAAAAAUUUGGGUCUCUUACGGUAAAGCAUACAGAUCUCCACUAAACCCCAUUUUGGGUUUGACCUUUGACCAAGUGACUGCAUUUGCCAGACAUGGUAUUACAAUUGCAUAUAAAACCUUCUUGGAUCCUAAUGCUGUUCUACUACCUGGAUGUGACAAUUGGGAAGUUUGUGAGGGAUUUCCAGUUAAUUUCAGCUGUAUCAGUCAGCAAAUACCUGAUCAAUUUGAAAAGGUGGACUUGGAUAACCAUUUCUUACAGAACAAGGUAGAUCCCAAUGUUGUUCUUCUUGCAACUGUUUCCAUCAGAAAGCAGAAUUCCAUAAGCAGCAAGGUGCACAGCAAGACUCAGAUAGCGUCUUCAUCCAGUGUGUGGCUUAUCACAAAGACCUUUCUCUCCUCUCUCUAUUCAUUGGAAGACUGGAAUGAUCCUGAGCAGAGCGAUAACUCAGGGCUGCCUAGCUAUUGGUCAUCCAAUCAGAGUCAAGGCCACUGA